AUGGUGCCGAACUAUCGUUUCUCUGCUCGACUUCAUUACGUAUCGUCGAAGAAUGAUUAUCCUCCCGAGAAAUGCUCAAUAACAUUUACGGAAGGGCAUCCUGAUAUUCUUAAUGCUGUAUAUAACUACACUCACAGGUUAGAUCCAAAUACGGAUCUAAACUACACACAAAGAGCAGAGGCAUUAAAAUUUUUUGUUCAUUUUAUUGGAGAUUUACACCAGCCACUCCAUUUAACCGGCAGAUUUCGUGGCGGGACCGCUGCCUACGCUUUAUUCGAAGGGCGCAAAGCUAGCUUACAUUCAAUAUGGGACUCGAGAAUAUUAUUGAAACGUAUAAACGAACUACAACAAAACGCCAGCAGUGCUAGUGACUACUAUGAGGAAUCUGUUGAUUAUGAACCGUACAUUAAUCACAUAAUCACUAUGAUGUCAAAGACGUGGAGGUUACAAAAGAAAAGUUGGGUUACAUGCGCUCAAGAAAUGGUUCAAUCUUCAGCCGAAUCGGAUCAGUUGCCCUUCCAUGGCGACGACAUGGAAAUGAACGCACCCAUUCCGCCAAUGUCGCCGAUUGCUUGUGCCUCUUAUUGGUCUCAAUACGUAAAUAAAUUAAACUGUGAAUUUGUGUGGGAUGGGUUUGAGAAAGGCAAGGAAUUGGGUGAGGGUGAUUACUAUAAUAGAAUACGCGAGUCCUACUUAAUCGAAAAGCUGUUGGGUAUGGCAGGAUACCGCAUGGCAGCAGUAUUGAAUGCAUUAUUUGUAGAAUAA